AUGGCAAGCAAGCUCAAGGUUUCGGAGGCGAUGGCAGUGGGCUCUACUUUCUUCGGCCACGCCUCCGGAGUCCUGAAGGUCCUCCGCGGCUUCUUCCUGCUCGAGGCGAUGGACUUCACCGAGAAGGAGAAGCAGGACGUCCGCGUGGUCACGCAGAACCGCUUGGACUUCGACGCGAUCUCCAAGGCCUUGAAGGAGCGCUGGGAGGACAAGGCGCUGGUGCAGCGGGACUUCGGACCGAGGGCUAUGCCUCGGUACGGCCCGGAGGCGGGCCAGCAGUCGGCCCUCGCCGCCGAGUUUGAUGAUGUACACGGGCCUGAUUGGUACGAUGGCUACGCGGCGGCGGCCGUGGAUGAGGAUCUCAACCACCUCAACGAGGAGCUCGAGGCGGCCCAGGCGAUGGCGGCAGAGGCACCGCCGUUCACGGGUCGAGGCCCGAAGGGCGGUAAGGGCGGCAAGGGCGGCAAGUACCGCGACAGGGACCGCGACCAGAAGGGCAAGAAUGCGAACUACCUGGAGUUUCACACGAUCACGCACGGGUUCGACGAGCUCCAGGGUAUGUACCAGGCAGAGCAGAACGACAGCGGCCUCGCCCCUUCUGAGGCCAUGGUUGAUUGCGGGGCUUCCGCGUCCGCCGGAGGCGAGCGCGCAGUCCAGGCACUGGUUGCCGCCGUUGCGGCCGCGAACCCCCAGGCCAGGAUCGAGAUCAACCAAAAUGAAAGACCGUGGUUUCGUUUCGGAGACAAUAAGUGGGGCAAGGCACUGUAUAAGGUUUCGGUCGAGUUCGAGCCGGGCUUCGUUUUGGGCAUCUUCGCUCUCAGUCCUGGUGUACCUCUCGUUUUGUUGGGAAUGACUGCUCUGGAGUCGUGGCCGGCAAUCGUGAAUUUCCGAACCGGGGAGGCGGUGAUCAGGGGCCAACUGGUGCAGCUUCGCAAGACCCCAGUCAAGGGCCAUUGCAUCCUCGAUCUGAUGGUCUAUGGCGAAGACAACAUCACCACCAUCAGCAUCAUCUCAGACAAGAACGACACCAUCAGCAUCAUCUCGGACAAGAACGACAUCAUCAGCAUCAUCUCAAACAAGAACGACAUUAUCAGCAUCAUCUCAGAUAAGAACGACACCAUCAUCAGUACAUGCAGCUAUGACGACAACACCGCCAGUGAUAACAGCAACAUCACCUCCAUCAACAAUAACAGGAAGAGCAGCUCCAUCAUGCACGUUUUCAUGGAGGGCAAGGACGAAUGGGUACCUGUCGACAUGGAUGCCGACAAGAAGGAGGAGGGCGCGGAGGUAAAGUCACCUUCGGCGGCAGCGAGCUCCGGACCUACGACCCAGGUCAAGCGGGAGUUCGUCUUCAACGGCCAGAAGAUGGAGUACGUCACCUCGGAGGGCAAGGUCAAGGAGAGAGAUCCGGGCAGCACGCACCAGGGUCGCAAGAAGGAGAAGCAGAUGGAGAUGGACCCGGCGUUCGCGCUGCAGGCGGACCCCCGCGACCCGAGGACCACACGGGGACCGUGCGGCAAGAUGCAUCGCAAGUACUUCACGGUCAACAACCAGUGGGGCCAGACCAGGACAUGCUAUCGGUGCGGGCUGAGGCUGCUCUACAUCCCGACGACGAAGGCGCCGAUGACGAACCUUAGCAUGCAGCAUCCGAAGUUGGUGGAGUCCGGCCUGGAGUUGGUGCGGCACUGCAACCUGUGGGAGACGGCCAAUCACGAGCAGGUGACCGCGAUGAUCAACAUCGCCACCUCCCUCCGGAGGCUUCCCGGGACCGAGAUCCGCCACGCGCCGGACGCGCUGCUGGAGAUGCUGGGGGCAGCGAACCCCAGGCGCAAGGCCCAGAUGGCGGAACCAAUACCCGGGCAGGUCUGA